AUGUAUGGCUUCUGUCGAACUAUCACCUACCGGGGAGCGUGCUGUUUUCCGUGCCUAAAUAUUAUUAAUGGAAGCAAAGUGGAUAGGGACCGCAUUAUCCUCAAUGCAGCUGGCUGUAGACGCAGCAAGAUAUGGCUUCUAAUCGAAGCCUAUGGUGGUUGUGUUGCCGAUUUCAAUCCAGGUUGCCUGAAUGAGUGCCCGGAGAGGAUUACUCACCUAGUACCGCAAAACCAAAACAUUCGUUGGGCUUGGGAAUCAGAGUAUCAAUUAUUUUGGCGCUCCAAGUGCAAUGAAAGGUUUUGUCGCUAUCAAACGUGGCCAUCAGCCACCGGUGGAGAGCCACAAUUCAAGACUGCCGUUCCUUCUGGGGCACACCACUUGAUUGCGAUCACGCCAUGGUGCGCGCACGCUAACCUGGCGGCCGCCAACUACAAAUCAACCGUGGACCCAGUUGGACCACGUGGCCAUCAGCCACCGGUGGAGAGCCACAAUUCAAGACUGCCGUUCCUUCUGGGGCACACCACUUGA